AUAAAGAAGGGUUAUUCGAAUAUUGCUAGAUUUUAUUAGAUCUGUGGCAUCUGUCUUCCUUUCCAUUAGAGGGCUAUUUAUUUUCAUUUCCAUCUCUCUCAAGAUCUCUCCAAGCAACAGUUUUCAAUCACUCACAAUGUCUAUUACUGAGGAGAGGGAUGAACAUGAUCAUAAAUCAGUACAAGAAACGUCAAUGCGAUCUGAAAUUGUUGAAGCAAGUAAUAGUGCUGGUAUGGUUAACAAACUUACCGAAUCUCUAGACAGAAUCAAUUGUUAGAGUUAACAAAUAUCAAUAAAGGACUCAUCGAAGCACUAGCCCAUCAAAGUAAGGCAUUAAUAGCAACAGCUGAUGAAAAGAAGCCAAAAAGGGAUGAUGAUGAGAUACAAAAAUCUUCUGGAUGUGUAUUUCAGACAUAAAAGAAGACACCGGUCCUUAUAUUCCGGAAAAAUAUGAGGACCUAUUUGCCGCAGCAUAUUACGGCAACUGGGAAAAAGCUACGAGGUUUUUGGAGAAGUAUCCAGAAGCGAAGACGGAAGCGAUUACAAGUGAGUUAGAAACAGUAGUGCAUAUGGCUACGUAUAUGAAAAAGUGGGAUUUUGUGGUUAAGAUGGUGGAGUUCUUACCGAAAGAAGCACUUGCGUUAAAAGAAAAAUACAAUGGUUACACAGUACUUCACGUGGCUGCAGCCAGUGAAGGAAAAUUUGAAGCUGCUGAAGCGAUAGCAAGGAAGAAUAGCGAAUUGCUCGAGAUACGUGAUAAUGAAGGAAACUUACCACUCGAAACUGCUAUUUUAAACAGGUCAACUGAACAAGAUAAGAUUGUUGAGCAUCUUUAUUCUGCAACAAAAAAAUAUUACCCAUUUCUAUUCUCUUGUCCUGUUGGUUCUAGGCUUUUGUGCACUGCAAUUGAAGCCAGUUGUUACGAUGUGGCGUCGCGGAUUUUAAAAGAGUUUCCAGGUUUGGUUAUGGAGAAAAUUGAAAACAGAGAAAUGUACAUAUUUGAAUUGAUGGUCUACAGACCGUUUGAAUUUAGAAGUGGAACCAAGCUAUCCUGGUGGCAACGCAUUGUCUAUUCAUGUUAGUUAUAUUCACUCUAUCCACCUGCAGCUUUCACUCUUAUUUUCAAUUGCAGUUGCAGCUUGUUACUCUCAUUUGUAAAUAAAAAUCACACUAUUAUCACUAUCUCACAUGUUGGACCUUAUUUUUGUGAAUAAAAAUCAAAUUAUAACGGAUUUGAAGCUAAUACUUUGAGGAUAUGUUCCUCUUACCAAGUUCUACAUGCCUAAUAAAGAUGAGCAUAUUCCGAAAUAUAAAACCUCACAAUCUAACGGUUUUAAUUUCAACGGCCAGAAUUUCGUUCAUUUUCAACGGCUCAUUUUCAAAAUAGUAGAUGGUGGUGUUAUACGUCUCUGAAUAUGCUCAUUUUCGAUAGGAACGUAAAACAAUGUAAUAGUAACACAUCCCCAAAAUAUUAGUUUCAAAUACGUUACAGUUUGAUUUUUAUUCGCGAACGUGACGUCCAACGUGUGAGAUAGUGUGAUAAUAAAAGUGUGAGGGGAUCCCUCCUUAUGUAAUGAGGUGGGAUCCGUUGACAUGGUUAUAUUGACAUAAUCUUCACAUUUUAGCGCCAUUUUGCUACUGAUCCCAACCGGCAAUGAAUUUGAAGCUAAUUUUUUGGUGACAUGUUCCUCAUAUAAAACUCUACAUUCCUAUCAAAAAUGAGCGUAUUCCGAAAUACGAAACUUCAUCAUCCACAAAUUUUAAUUUCAACCGUUAAUCUCCAACGGUUAAUAUUUAAAAUCGUAGAUGGUGGUUUUAUACAUCUCAAAAUGCUCUCAUUUUUGGAUUGAAUGUAGAGAUUUAUAAGAAGAACAUGUCACCAAAAAAUUAGUUUCAAAUUCAUUACCGGUUGGGAUUAGAAAAAAAAAACUAUAACCAUAUCAACGGAUUAUGUCAAUAUAACCAUGUCAACGGAUCCUACCCCGUAUAUAAUAACUUAAUAAAUGUGGAACAGUGAUUUGUGUACCGACAAACAAUAUUGAAGAAGAGAAUAUAGAUGGCACCGUAAGAGAUGAAGAGAACCCUUUGGAAAGUUCACAAGGCCCUAUAAGAGACAGAGAAUUCUUUGGGAAGUUCAAAAAUCGCAGAAGAAAAUGAUGCGACCGCUUCACAAAUCUCACUUGCCUCUGUUGAUUCCGGCAACAAUAUGCCAUUUUAUGCACGAGUACCUCUUGUCAGACAAUUAUACAAGAUGAAGUUGAAGCACGAACAGGCCAAAAAAUUUGUCACAGGGAUACUGGAAAUACUUGACCGCCAUACCAAAACACGGUCAGAAGUUAUAGAAUUUCUCAAUAAAACUGACAUGGUACAUACGGCUAUAAAAUACGGUAUCACUGAGUUUGUUGAGGAGUGCCUGAGCAUGUUUCCUUUCGUGGUUUCAUAUGAACUGGGAAAAAAAACUAUGAUGCAAAUGGCUAUUAUGGAGCGAAAUGAAGAGAUAUUUAAUACGCUUUUGGAAUUUAUCAGAUGUGCUAAAAAAAAUAGAUGUUAUAAUUUGCAACGAAGAUGAAAACUGUAACAAUAUCCUACAUCACACUGCCAUGUUAGCGCCGCCUCAACAACUCAACUCGGUGUCUGGAGCUGCUCUACAAAUGCAACGAGAAUUGCAGUGGUUUCAGGGAGUGGCAAGGCUGGUGCAUCCAUUCUUGAAUCACACGAGAAAUGUUUAUGGGAAAACAGCUCAAUAUGUGUUCACUGAACAACAUAAGAGCCUACGGGAAGCUGGAGAGAAAUGGUUGAAAGAUACAUCUGAAUCGUGCAUGCUGGUUGCCACCCUUAUUGCUACUGUAGCAUUUGCAGCUGCAUUUACGGUUCCUGGAGGUAAUGUCAGUGAAGCUAAGGACCCCAAAAAUGGCUUGCCGGUUUUCUUGAAAAACAACACAUUUUCGCUGUACGCGGCAGCAGAUGCUGUAGCUCUGUUCUCUUCAGUAACAUCGGUGGUUAUGUUCUUAGCUAUCAUGACAUCUCGAUACGCGGAACAGGAUUUUCUGAAAUCCUUGCCGAAAAAGCUGAUAAUAGGUCUUGCAACUUUGUUCAUCUCUAUGGCCAGCAUAUUGGUAGGCUUCGGCGCGGCAUUUACCCUGAUUCUUACAGAUAGAUAUUCUUGGGCUCCAAUUCCUAUAGCGUGCUUUGGUUUCAUUUCUGUGCUCUUAUUUUUCUUACUUGAAUUUCCUUUGUUUGUUGAAUUGAUGCGGGUCACGUAUUGGCCUAGUGUCUUGCACAAAAAGAAUCGGCAGCCUCUUUUCUCCGAAAAGGAAAAGCUACGUACUUUUCAGCGAGACCGCAUUAAGCAGUUUCUAAAGAAGGAGAAAGAAUAUUAAACCAAGCAUUCAAGGAUGAUCAAGUUGUUUUAGUCGACGUUCCCGUUUGUUGUCAUUAACAGAAAAACGUUCUCUAGUCCAAAUUUUUUAUGUUCAGCCUUAUCAAGUUUAGUCUA